AUGAGCUUCGCCGUGCGCAACUCGCCGGCGGGUCCGAUCGCCGCCCGUCGGCCUUCGCCGAUGCGAUCAGAACCGGGAGCCGUGCGCGCAAGCCAGGUGGGAAGAAGAGCGGCGCCUCAUUGGACGAAGUGCAGGGCGGGAGACAAGAACGGGACGUCGGACCAGGUCGUGUCCCCAUUCGGGGAUGGUCCCCGAGAGUCGGAGGAAAAAUUCCUUGACGUUGCCUCAGUCCUUGAAGAGGCCAGGCAGCUGGGCGAUGAUUUCGUGUUCAGAGACAACGAUGAAGGAGACGUAUGGGAGCUGGAAGGAAAACUGACAGCUGACCCUGUGGAUUGUGAGUAUAAUCCCAUCCACAGCGUUGCACGUGUUUAA